UUUGGAUUAGUUAACCCUAGGGGUAUAAGUGUAUAUUUACCUAUUUCAUGAAACAUUUUGGUCAUUUUGAUCCUUAGAGUCUAUAUUUGUGACAUAGAUUUUUUUAUUGCUAUCCUAGGAUAUUUCCCAACAUAAUAUGAUUACAAAAUAACACAAAUAUAAAAAUUAAUUUUCUCAAAAAAGUUAAAACAAAAUACUGAUUCAAGAUUUAAAGAUUUAAUUGAGUGAAAAUGAUUAAUUAUAAAAACUAUUAUCAUCCAAAUAUUUAUCAAAAAUAUAGUAAAAUAUUUCUGAAAUACAAUACAUUUAUAACAAAUAUUAAUAUAUUUAUCUGAAAUGAAGUUUAUUUAACUACUUUAAAAAGGAACAAUUUAAAAGCUAAAAUCAUAUGUAUAUAAAUAAUAAAUGCAUCAAAAUACAAAAUAUAGUAAAAUUCAUCGAUUUAGAGAAUCAAAAUUAAAAAUAUUUAAGUAUUGUCAAUUUUUUUUAAUGAAUUUUUUAGUGUAAAGUAAUCUAAACUAUUUUUAAAUAUAAAAAAUAAUGAUAUAAUCCGCGCGUAGCGCGGAGAAAAGAUCUAGUUGACCAUAAAAUUACUGACCAGACGAAUUCAUAGAAUAAAAAAAUGCAAUUGUUAAAGUCUCUUGACGAAUUAGAGUCUUUGGAGACCCAAUUGCAGAACCCACACCCACCUCAUUAAGAUCAGUCGAAUAUCAAAGCGAGAAAACUUAUUCCCCCAAAAAGUAGAGACGGGAGAAUCUAAAAUUGCUUGACGAGGAAGCAAAAUCAAAAUCAAAAUCAAAAUCAAAAUCACAAAGUAGAAGAAGAAUACAUCAAAUUAGGAGUUUGAAAUCUUAACAAAUUCUUUUUAUUAAUCUCUCGAGAAGGAGGAAGGUGUGAUAAUACGGAAGAUCCAAGUCGGGGGGGUUCGGAGUCGAUGGAGCCGUCUCAUUCCGGAUCCCAACCGCCGCAGAAAGCGGUUCCGAGACUGGCUACAGUGGGAUGGCGAACUAUGUUGAUCUUCAAUCUCGGCCUUGCUGCUUUUAUAUUUGCGAAGAAACGAGAAAAGGACAUUGAUGUGGGCGACAAAAUGGGAGUUAAAAAGGGCAGUAAAGGUGCGAAAAAGAGUGUUGUUAACACCGAAGCCGAGAUGAAAGUUGCAGAAACUGACAAGGCUAAGAUACCAGAGGCUGCAGUAGUGGACAAGGAAGAAGCCAAACCGAUCCCUAAACACGAUGAUCCUCUGUUUGAGUUUGCGGAUGCAGCAGCUGAUGAGCUGGUGUUUCAGGGUGCGGCGAGUGAGCCUGUAAAGGUAGCAAGGAAACCGAUUCCAGAAGAUGAGCAAAGGGAGCUUUUCAAGUGGAUCCUGGAAGAGAAAAGGAAGACAGAACCAAAAGACAGGAAAGAUAAGAAGCGUAUCGACGAAGAGAAAGCUGUCUUGAAACAGUUUAUUCGGGCAGAGAGGGUUCCCAAACUUCUCCCUGAUGAUUCUGUUGAUUCUUCUCUACGUGAUUGGGACAAAUUCUUCUCCAAGUAGAGAGAAACAAACAUAAGAGACUAGUCUACUUGUUUUUUUUUGUUGGUACCCUCAUUUCCUUUUUACUACUUUGAUUGUUUAGCUUGGGCAUCCGGGUUUGGAUCCAACGGUUAGUUCAGUUUAGUUAACACACUUUUUCGAUUAAUCAAUUCGCUUAAAAAGCUUGUCAAAUUGAACUGGAAAAGGAUAUGUUCAAUAUUCUACCUAAACUAAGAGAAGUUUUUGGUUUCAGUUUA